AUGACGACCCCAACUCUAACUCACCGCGAUUAUACAAUCGCGUGGAUAUGUGCCUUACCGUUUGAAAGGGCCGCUGCUAAGUCUGUGCUUGAUGAAACCCACAAUCCACUUUCACAACCGUCAACUGAUGAAAAUAACUACGAGCUGGGUAGCAUGAGCGGCAAAAACGUAGUGAUCGCCUGUCUGCCCUAUGGUGUUUACGGAACAACUUCUGCCACGUCUGUGGUAACUCAGAUGCGACCAACAUUCCCCUCCCUUCGAUUCGGGCUGAUGGUUGGUAUUGGAGGAGGCGUGCCUAAUAGAAGCGCCGAUAUUCUUCUCGGCGAUGUGGUCGUCAGUGUGCCAAAUGAAACUUCUGGCGGCGUCGUUCAAUACGACUAUGGGAAGACGUGUCUCGAGGGCUCCUUGCAGCGGACGGGUUCGCUCAACAAGCCCCCGCAGAUUCUGUUGACUGCUUUAUCCCGGAUGGCCUGCGAUACUAUGUUACCUAGUUCGCAGACUGGAAGGUUUCCAUCUGAUUGCCUGCAGAUCAUUCGGACAAAUCAGAAGCACUUUGCCCGGCCAGCUAAUGAUUGGCUUUUCCACUCGACAUAUGAUCAUCAGAGCAGCAGUGAAGGCUGUUCAUCCUGUGACAAGAACCAGCUGGUGCAGCGUGCACCACGAGCAAAUGACGAACCGCGUAUUCAUUAUGGCUUGAUCGCAUCGGGUAAUCAACUCAUGAAGGAUGCCAGGACACGAGACGCCAUUGCUCGAGAGUUAAACGUACUCUGCUUCGAAAUGGAAGCGGCUGGCAUUAUGGAUCAGCUUCCAUGCCUGGUAAUACGAGGCAUCUGUGACUACUGUGACUCCCACAAAUCAAAUGAAUGGCAAAAAUAUGCAGCUCUUACGGCAGCUGCCUAUUCAAAAGCCUUAUUAUCCAUUGUUCCGCUAGUGAGAGGAAAUGUCGCGCAAGACCAGGGUAUCUCGUAA